AUGGUCGAGCUGGAGUCGCAGGAGGCGGUGGAGACGAUGAGGGUCGCCACCGCCGCGCACGUCAGGACCAGCGUGACUCUCCGGCUGCUGGCGUUCGCGGCGUCUCUCGUCGCCGCGGUGGUCGUGGUCACCAACAGGCAGGACCGCUGGGGCAUCACCGUGAGCUUCGAGAUGUUCGCCGUGUGGGAGGCUUUUGUGGCGAUCAACUUCGCCUGCGCCGCCUACACGGUGCUGACGGCGCUCUUCCUGAAGAAGCUCAUCAAAGUUCACAUUCAUUGUUGUUGUCGUUCCAUGCAGCUCACGGUGAACCUGCAGACGGCGGCGACGGCGGGUGCCGGCGCGGUGGGUUCGGUGGCCAUGUGGGGGAACAAGCCCAGCGGGUGGUUCGCCGUGUGCCGCCUCUACCGGCUCUACUGCGACAAGGGCGCCGUCUCCCUCGCGCUCGCAUCCGUCGCCUUCGUCGCCCUCGGCGUCGCCUCCACCCUCUCCCGCUUCCCCAGGGCACCCCCGCCGGCCUCCAGAUAG